AUGCGCUCGUCUGUAUGCAAAGUUUCCUCCUCAUUGACUUGUAUGUCUAAAAGAGUUCCGAGUUCAGUGUUGAAAAACAAUUCCAUUCAUUUCAAGAAGAAGAAUAUUUUGUCUUCGAUCAUUUACUCUUUACCAUCCCAUAGAAAUUACAACACUAUUACUUUUUAUAAUUUCGUUUCCAGAGAUGUCAAUAAUAACAAGAUUGAUUUUUCCAAUUUGAAAGGAAAAGUUUCACUCGUGGCCAUUGUGAAUUUCAAUCAUCCGGAAUAUAAAAACUUUUUAAGGGAGUUGGCAGAGUUGAAAAGGAAGGAACAUGGUUUGAGAAAUUGUGGAACAGUUUCGAAUGGUGAUUUUGAAUUGAUUGUGUUGCCACGAAGUUCGAUGGUGGAAUCGAAAAGAGUGUCGUUGACAAGCGACAGCAGUCCUUUGAAACAAUUUUUAUCCAAUUCCACAACAACAAGUAACAGCACGGAUACUUCUGAAAUGACGACUCCUUCUCUCACCAUUUUGAAAACCAUUCUCAAUGAAGAAGGAUCCUAUGUCAAUAACGAAAUGUUUAACUUCUUGGCCAAUUAUGGAAAUUUCAAAACCAUUGUCGAAGAUUUUGAAAAAUUUGUAGUCGACAAAGAAGGACGAGUAGUGUAUCGAAGUGGUAAUGAUAGUCCAUUGGAUGAAGUGAUUGAGGUCAUUAAGAAGGAAUUAUUGAAAAGUAACUAG